AUGGCGACCUUUAUUAAAGCUGUUCCUUCCACGAUCCUCAUUUUCGGGGCUUCUGGGCACAUUGGAGGACCGCUUGCGCAGUUCUUGGCCCGCGAAGCGCCUGAGACUAAACUGCGCCUGGCCACCAGCAACGACUCGAAGAAAGCGCAACUUCAAUCUGCCUUCCCAGACGCCGAAGUUGUUGUCGCCAACUAUGCCGAUGCAUCAUCUCUGUCGGCUGCCGUAACCGGCGCGGAGGGAGUCUUCGUGAUAACGCCCCCUGGACUCCACGAGGAAAAGCCCAUGACAGACUUGGUCUCUGCGCUGAAGCAAGCGGGCAGUGCAACUCAGAUAAUCCGCUUCCUGGGCUUGUUCCCGGAAUUCCCAUCGUCGAAGAUCCCCCCUGAGCUUGGCCCUGGCUCCCUACCCGUCGAGCACCGGAUAGCGCAGAAGAUCUUCGACGACAGCGGGCUUCCUGUGACGUAUGUCAACUGCGGAGCCACUUUUAUGGACAACCUUGCAAUCCAGAUGCGAGCCGUCUUAGCGAAGAAGACAGUCAUCUGGCCUGAGCAUCGUGUGCCGUGGAUGGAUCCGAGGGACGUUGCUGAGGUUGUUGGGAGGCUUUUCCUCUCUACGAAUGCUAAGCACAUUGGGGCCUUUCACACCAUGAACAACGGGCACGACUUGAUGACCUUCAAAGAGCUGUCAAUUAUCAUGUCAGAAAUCUUUGACGAGCCUAUUGGGUAUGACGGAAGCCACGAAGCGUUUGCUGGCUUUUACGGCAAAGUUAUGGGUCCUCAUUUGUCGCAAGUCCUGUGGAAUUUCUUCAAAUUUGAAGAGGCGCACGAGGAGGUCUGGGCCCUGAACAAUUUCGUUGAGAGGACGAUUGGAAGGAAGCCUGUGACUGUGAGACAGUGGCUUUUGGAACACAAAGAUGAUCUUAAGCGUGGGGAGGGAGAUCUCGGAUGGGCCGCGCGGGGAUGA